CUCACACGAGAUCUCAGCUCCUUUCUUUCGAAUUGGUUGCCUUGUCGCUGCAUCUGAUCCCACAGUAAAGAUUUUAGCUUCUCCCUCCUUUUUCUCACUCAAAAUCAAAAUUUCUAGGGUUUUGUCCCAAAUUCCCUGCUUUCCAUGGCUUCUCAUCCGCAUCUGGACGAUGAUGACGAUUUUGGCGGUGAUUUUCCUGGGAGUCAUAGUACCAGGCGCUCAGAUAAUAAAAGAAGCUUUGGUGAUCUUGAGGACGAUGAGGAUGAUAUUUUUGGAUCAAAAAAGAGCAAUUCUAAAGUAGAAGAAACUGCCCCUGGUGUUGCAACGGGGAUGAUUUUGUCACUUCGUGAGAGUCUUCAGAAUUGUAAGGAUACCCUUGCAACAUGCCAAACUGAUCUUGAGGCUGCAAAAUCAGAGAUCCAUAAAUGGCAUUCUGUUUUUCAGAAUGAGCCCUUCAUACCAGCUGGAACAACUCCUGAACCCAAGUUAGUUAUAAGUUAUCUUCAAACUCUGAAGUCCUCUGAGGAGGUGCUGAAAGAACAGCUAGAAAAAGCAAAGAAAAAAGAAGCUGCAUAUAUUGUAACAUUUGCAAAGCGUGAGCAGGAGAUAGCUGAGUUGAAGUCAGCAGUUCGUGACUUGAAAGUUCAACUGAAGCCACCAUCAAUGCAGGCCAGAAGGUUACUACUAGACCCUGCCAUUCAUGAGGAAUUUACACGUUUGAAGAAUUUGGUUGAGGAAAAGGACAAGAAGGUUAAGGAGCUGCAGGAAAAUAUUGCUGCUGUUAGUUUUACUCCACAAAGCAAAAUGGGAAAGAUGCUGAUGGCAAAGUGUAGAACCUUGCAAGAGGAAAAUGAGGAGAUUGGUAAUCAAGCAGAGGAAGGAAAGAUGCAUGAAUUGGCCAUGAAACUUGCAUUACAAAAAUCUCAAAAUGCAGAACUAAGAAGUCAAUUUGAAGCACUAUACAAACAAAUGGAGGGGCUAACCAAUGAUGCAGAAAGAUCAAAUGAAACGGUAUAUAUCUUGCAAGAGAAACUAGAAGCGAAAGACAAUGAGAUUAAAAGGCUGAAGCUGGAGCUGCACCAGAAGACUCGGAUGGAAGAGGAUAACAAGGCAGAUUUAGCCCUUGAUACGAGUAAGGUUAAAGAUGAGAUGAUAACUGAUGAAACCGCAACAACGAACGAGUAGAUUGAGAAGUUUUGUAGGAUGUCAUUAUUUUCACCCCAAUUUUUGUUUGUACAUUGUACAUUAAGUAGAUUUUUUUUAAUUGUUAAUAAAUUUUGAAACACAUUAGUCUUGUGGAAUUGCACUAUAGUGCAAGUCCAUAGUGGACCAAGGAUGAGGUAAAACUCAACCCUCUCUGUGAUGUAGAGAGCAUCAUGUUGUUGCUUUGUCAAUUUUUUUCAUGUGUGGCCUUGAUAAUUGUUUAGGAAAAUUUGGUACUUCUGACAACUGCUGUCCAGUUUAUUCUUGCUUUGGCCUCACAUAUGGGAGAAAAUAUAGUAUCUUUUGUUUA